AUGGAGUUUUUCAACAAAUCAAAAACCGUGAAGCUCCGGAGCCACCUGGGCAAGUACCUAGUAGCAGACGAAGAACACAACAACCUCCGUCAAAGCAAAAAAGGAGCAACCAAAACCGCACUAUGGUUAAUCGAACCGGUGGAAACAAAACCCCACCACAUACGCCUGAGGAGCCACAACGGUCGUUACCUAACCGCAACCGACACGCCGUUUCUCCUUGGCAUGACCGGAGACAAAGUCAUUCAAGCCGAUUACGACGCGGGGUUAAGCUGGAAGUACGAAUGGGAACCGAUAAAGCAAGGGUUCAACGUGAAACUGAGGAGCUGGUGUGGGAAGUUGUUGAGAGGGAAUGGUGGAACGCCGCCUUGGAGAAAUUCUAUUACGCACGAUGAUCCUUAUACUGCCGCUACGAAUAAUUGGAUUCUUUGGGGUGUUGAGGCUGUGGAUAAUAAGAUGAAUGUUGAGUUGUUGAAUAGAGUUAGUUUUGCUUCUAAUGCUUCGUUUGGUUCUGGGGAAGAUGAGGUUGACGAUUCUGAAUCGGUUUCUUCUAAGAACAAGUCUUGGUCUUCGUUGAAGAUUCGUCGGAAUUCCAAGUUGCAGCCAGAGGUACGUUUUUAA